CAUUGCAUAUCUUUUGAUUUGGGAACGACAUAUUACGUACAAAUUUAGACUGUCUCUAAUCUAAUACAAGCUAAAAUGUUUUCGCGAAACAGCUCUAGUAGGUCUCUUGAAUAGCUACGAUCGCUGCCGUACAACUACAGUCAUAUUUGAAUCCGCUAGUCAAAGCGUUGUUAUGGUUCUGCCGGUCAUGCGCUGUGAAAUCGCAUGACCACUACUGUUUCAAUCGCUCUCUUCGUUCUCUCCGUAGCAGAGAGGCAGGCUACAUCUUUGCAGGCUCAUAAAACAAGUCUCUCAUUCGGACCGGCUGCUUCGUUGCUGAUCGCUGACCGAAUCGCACAAAUUUAUUUAUGUGACCUUCUCACACAUGAUUUUGACAGUUUUUAUCUCAGUAGCUCAGUAGAGAAUACACCGUCACCAUUAGAAGUCACAUGAAAAUAGUCUACAAUCAUUCAUUCAGGCCAGAAGUUUGAACCUUGGCAGUGAAUUAUUGAUUGUGUUUUGGUCAUCGGUGAGACUGCUUGCGAAUCCAAAGAAAAACGGAGUAAGUAAAAGAUUAAGUAAUCAUUCCUGAGAUGUCGGCGAUACUGCUAACGUUGGGUAGGAGAGCGUCGGGAUUGCCGCGUACGGCGGUCUGCAAGUUCAACAUGCUACAGAGGAGUGUGCAUAAUCUACAGCAAGAUAAGGCCUUUGUCAAUGGUCAAUGGAUUGAGGCUCGUCAAGGUGCAAAGUUCGAAGUGACCAAUCCAGUCAAUGAGAAAGUGAUUGGAGUCGUUCCCGACAUGGACGUUAGCGAUGCUAACGAAGCAAUUGAUGCUGCGUACAACGCUUUCUAUGAUAAACAGUGGCACAACAGUACGGCAAAGGAGCGGGCGGCUCUGCUGAAAAAAUGGUUCCAUCUGAUGGAGCAAAACCGGACGGAGAUCGCACAAAUAAUGACGGCCGAGUCAGGAAAACCCAUUCCGGAGUCUUUGGGAGAAGUUACAUACGGAAAUUCCUUUGUCGAGUGGUUUGCCGAAGAAGCGCGACGUAUCUACGGGGAGAUUGUGCCGGCACCGGCAUCGAACCGCCAGGUCAUGCUCACUAGGCAGCCGGUUGGCGUUGCUGGCCUGAUUACUCCGUGGAACUUCCCGCACGCCAUGAUUACUCGGAAAGCAGCCGCUGCCAUCGCUGCCGGUUGCACGGUAGUUAUAAAACCGGCGGAGGAUACUCCUUUGACGGCACUGGCCCUAGUUAAACUAGCUGAAGAAGCCGGAUUUCCAAAGGGAGUGUUCAAUGUCGUGACUAGCAGCCGGAAGAAUGCUGCAAGUAUUGGGGAGCUGUUGUGCAAGAGUGACAAAGUAGCCGCGAUCUCAUUCACCGGUUCCACAGAAGUAGGUAAACUUCUGUACAAACAAUGCGCCCAUGGAAUCAAGCGUAUCGGCCUCGAACUAGGAGGAAAUGCUCCUUUCAUCGUUUUCGAUUCGGCAGAUUUGGACAAAGCCGUGAUAGGUGCUAUGAACUCCAAAUUCAGGAAUUGCGGACAGACGUGCGUGUCGGCUAACCGGUUUCUGGUGCAGGAGGGAAUCCACGAUAAGUUCAUUUCACUGCUGACAGAACGUGUUAAGGCUCUUAAGAUUGGUGAUGGUUCUCAGGAUGGAGUCCAGAUUGGACCAUUGAUUAACCAUGCCCAGGUAGACAAGGUGUCAAACUUUGUCGAUGACGCCAAACAGAAAGGAGCUCAAGUUAUUUCCGGAGGUCGACAAUUGUCCAACCAGGGUGCUCUGUUCUACGAGCCGACGAUUGUAACACAUAUGCGGGACGACAUGAAACUAUACAACGAGGAGGUAUUUGGACCAGUAAUUUCGGUUAUCAAAUUCAAAACAGAAGAGGAAGCAUUGAAGAUUGCAAACAGUACUCAACGAGGCUUGGCCGGAUAUUUCUACAGUACAGACCUGAACCAGGUGUUCCGGGUGUCUCGACUGCUCGAGACGGGUAUGAUCGGGGUGAAUGAAGGGCUUAUCUCUUGCACCGAGGCUGCAUUUGGUGGGAUUAAAGAAUCUGGCAUCGGCAGAGAGGGAUCGAAGUACGGAAUCGAUGAAUACGUCUACAUUAAAUAUCUUUGCUACGGGAAUCUCGAUUAAACACAAUCAGCAGCUGCAGUCAUAUGUGUAUGCAUUAUCUUGACCGCAAUUCGCAUCUUCCUAUUUGCUUUCAACUGUAAGUGCAUGAUAUGCAAAUAGGUAUUCCACUUGCUCUGAUGUAAUUUAGAAUUUGUUCCUUCGUACGCAUUCACGUGCAUGUGCGCUGCGCAUUGCAUUACGAUCAAUGAGUUUAUUGUUCUACUCACGUUUUAACGACAGAGCCGUUACGAUAUGUUGUUAUUAGUUUUAAUGUUGUUUUCUCGAUAAUGCAUGAGAAUAUAGAGUGCGUCAAUAUUAGUCUUCCAAACUGUAAAGUAAGCAAUUAUUAUCCAAUAGACAUAACUAUCGAACAAUAAAAAUAAAAUUCAAUGUAAAUGUUA